UAACGGUGUGGAGAGAGCCUCAGGCACAGGCACCGAGCAGGGCUGCACAGAGCACGAAGAGCCACCCCAGAGCCACCCCAGAGCCACCCCAGAGCCACCAUGCUCCCUGCAAGGACUGUCCUGCUGCUCACGCUGCUCCUCACCUUCUCCCUGCACCACGCCACAGCCCACUUUGCACCCGUGGAAUGCUGCUUUAAAUAUGCACAGAAACGCAUCCGACACCCUCAGAGCUACUACGAGACAUCCAAGGACUGCCCCAAGCCUGCAGUUGUGAUUGUGGCUGGCAAUGGUGAUGAGAUUUGUGCUGACCCCAAGAAGGACUGGGUGGCCAAAACCAUAAAACGGCUUCAAAAGAAAAUAGUAACUCCACCCACCAUCUGACCUGCCCGUCCAGCCCUCCUGUGUCUCGAGGCAGCCAAAGGUGCUGCAGCUCUUCUCCAGCAGUGCUGAGGCCUGGGCACUGCAGGAGGAGCCACCCCUGCACCCAGCAGGAUCAGGUGUCAGUGCCAUGGACCAGGCAGCUCCUCCUGCUGCCGCUGCCCUGCCGAGCUGUGCCUGUG